ACUUCAGAGUGGCUCAAUCUGAAUGUCAUCAGUGUCUCCGAGUCCUUUGAUCGCAUUAAUAUCAUCUGAAUGCAGUCAAAAACAUGCUCAUAAUCGUGGAUUCAAGUCACUUUCUCAUUUUAUCUUCCCAUUCACAUCACACGAGUGCCAAGUUCGCGAACCAAUCGAUAAUUUGAAAGCUUCACAGAGGAUUCGAUUAGAUAUUCGUGAUAUUUCGAGUGACGGGCAUCUUCUUACACUUUCAGUAUUGCCAUAUGUACUUAUUCAGGCCUUGAAAACAUGUACGGACGUCUCUCAAUCUAUUAAAUUAUUUCGUGAUGUACUUGCUCGAUGCUCUGAGCCUUCAGAACACGAGUCGUUCGGUCAUUACCUCGCUUGCAUUUUUGUAGUUUCUACUGAAGACGAAAAUCCACUUGGAGAGUUCAGCAAAAUGAUUCAGACACAACAAACGCUUUAUAAUACCACGUCGACACUGAUGAUCCCUGGACAUUGUUCUACUCCAAAAUGGGCUGCCCCACAUGCGAAAACUCCUCGUCACUAUAUCCUUCUUCAUGACUCAAGAAGUCCGCGCAGCAGUACAGAGAGAAGAGAUGAGCUUCUGGCUCAAAUGUGUGCAACAUAUGGAAAUGAUAAUUGUCAAAUGUUGCAACUUGAUUCAGAUAGUGAAAGUGCUGAAAUGAAAGGAGUUUGGGAUGAGAUCGAUGAGUUCAAUGAUGUAUUGGAGAAAGGACUUGAAGAAGCACAUCAGCAUUCGACAGAUGCGAUAGCUCCAGGACCGAAUGGAGCAUCCAAUCAACAAUCACCCUCGUCUCCAACCUCAUCAGUUGCCACAAUAUCUUCAACUAUGCCAGCUGUUGGAAGUGUUUCACCGAAUAGUCAUCCAAACAGUACAGUUGUGUGGAAAUCGAGCAAAAAACUCGCAUCGCUGGCAGACGCGAAGGCCGUUCAGGCAAUUCUUUCAAAGUUUUUAGAUGUUUGUUUGAUUCCAUAUGUAGAAAAGGAGAUGCGAUUUCUGUACGAGACGGCUGGUCAGAAAAAAGGAAUAGGAAAAUCGUUUACGAGUAUGAAAAGAUGGUUUGGAAGUGGAACUGCUUUGAGCAAUAUGGCAACUCCGAUCACAUAUGCAUGGGAUAGUUCUGAAAUGCAGACACGACGACUUGCGGAUCUUCUUCUCAUGUUCGGAUUCCCGAAUUCCGCUUUUGAACAGUAUCGUGGAUUGAAGCGGGAUUUAGAAGCGGAUAAAGCAAUGGCUGCUCACGCUGUUGCUCUAGAAAUGUGCUGUGUGGCUUUGCAUAGUGCACAACCACAAUUAAAUGCGAAUCAAUUUAUGAUCAAAUAUCUGGAAACACCUGUUUCGCUACUGAUUGAGCAUGCAAAAUUCAGAAGAUACCCGUCCAUACUCCGUUGUGCUUUCAACAUUGCUGACAUUUACUCUGAUCUUGGACUACAUAAAGAAGCAGCUUUGAAUCUUGCAAAAGUCAGCUCAAUCGAAGGAGAUCAUUUGGUUGCUGUGGCACAAACGCUUGCUGCUGAACAAUUUGAAAAAGCUGGAAUGGGGAGGAAGGCGUCUUUUCAUCGAGUUCUUGCAGCCAAUCGAUUUUCAAAUGCUGCUAUUCCAGCAUUAUCAUUUGAUUGCUAUCGUCUAGCUCUUCCAGCUUUUGAUAAAAAGCAUUGGGGAGUACUUGAUGAACAUCUGGCAGUAAGAUUACUUGAAGAAGGACAAAAAGCCGGUGUAAUGACCACAGAUAUCGCUUCCGAAUGCAUUCGACGUCUGGUAGCUGUGUGCCCUAAACUCUCACCUUCACUUCAAACAGAACGCCUUCGAACUAUCGUCAAUGCUUUGGAUAUAUAUUUUCCACAUCGAAAUGAGCCUGUUGAAAUGCUCACUGAUAUACCUAAAGUUGAAAUGGAAACGGUGAAAGCAAUCUAUGGAGAACGCCCACUUUGGAAUGAAAUUGAUGAGAAUGAGCAUCAAAGUGUUAGUUCAGAUGGAUGGAUUACUGUAGAACGGGCUGCACACCAUGCAUUGUUCGGAGCAAGUGCACCAUAUCGUGGAAUGCAGCUAGUUAGUGAUGAGCAUUCAGACAAUCAGAAGAUUCGAGAAACACCUGCCGGAGAGAGAUUUCGUGUUAUGGUGGACUUAACGAAUCCUUUGAAAAUACCAAUUCAUCUCCAAAAUCUCCGACUUUCCGUAUCAGAUAUUCAUAAUCAAAGUGGAAUAGAAGGUUCAGAGAAGAGCAUACCAGAACUCGGAGCUCUUGAGCAUCUUCAAUUGGAUCCCGAGGAGACAAAAACUAUUGAAUUGUAUGUGUUCCCAAGAGUUGGAUGUUUAAAGUUUCGAGUUGAUGGGUUGUUGUUUCAAUUGGCAGUGGAUCAGAAAGAUGUAGAAGCAAGAGUACCACUGAAAUGUCGAGGAAAAAGAUUGAAUAAAACUGCAAAGCAGCAAAAAUCUAAAAUCUACACAAACGACGAACGUCUCAGCGCCACAGUUGCUCAAAAACCAUGGCCACUUGUUGAGUUUCGAGUUAUCAAAUCCCCUCACCAAUGGUCAUACUGUGAUCAAGCACAACGUUAUCAAUUGGAAAUCGAAAAUAUUGGGCACGAAAAUGUGAUGUCAAUGUGUCUUGCCACGAAUGCAUUUGAUCGCGUUGCGGCUGGAAGUAUUGACGAGAAUGAGCACCAUCAACAAUUUAAAAUGAACUUGGCAGCUAAUAAUGCAAAAGUUGCAACGUUCCGAUUUGAAGAAGGGUCUACAAGCUCCACAGACUCAUUUCUCAAGAUUGGCGAGAAGAAAAGAAUAUUUUUCGAUGUUCGAAGCUCUGACGAACCUACUGGCUCAACAGUUGCUCCAAAACAAUCAAAUACAGUUAUCCUAAUUGCGUAUCGAAGUUCCAAUGGAACAAUGAGACAAUGGCGACGAGUUAUUGAUGGAGAAAGAAGAAGGCUUAUUGCUUUGACCGCAGAGAUUCUAGAUUUAGACACAAAAUCUUUCUCUAUUCACCUCAAAAACUGCGUAGCUGUUAGUCAAGCAGCUCUUUCUCGUGUUGAAAUUCUCCGUAUUCGAACUGAUAGAAACGAAGCGUCUACGGGAAUUAAAAAUGAUUGUUCUACCACAGUUCUGCCAUCUGUAAAUCGACGAGUUGAAAUUGAAUCAGAACAAACUGAUACUAUCGUCGCACGACUUGUACCAUUGUCUCAAGGUGAAACAAUUAAAGAAUCAUGGCUCACGACAACAACUUCAGUGACACCUCCGAAAUGGCCAUGUCCUGCAGAGAUUCAUUCGACAAUGGAUGAUGAAUUUGCAUCAAAAAUCGCAGAGAAAAUUGGAAUUUUAUGGAAAGCAAAUAUUGUCAACAAUGAGGGAUUGGUAACAUCAUUUAUUGGCGAAUCAUUUAUCGAUGAUCCAUUUGUAAAACUUAAAACUUUGAAAAAGGAUGAUUCAGUAUUAUCUUCACUCCGGAUCUCAUGUGAAACAACCGCCAAAGAAAUUUCCCACAAUUUCUCAGCUUCUCAUAUUUGCGAACUCCCAAUUACUCUUCUAAUUCAAAACAAAGAUCUUCAACGCCGCCCGGUCUCGGUGUCGAUAAAAUUGUCUUCAAAAGUACGUGAACCUGUCGACGGAAUUCAUUUGGUGGCUCCCGAGAAUCGUCACCAAAUGUGGAUUGAUCGUCCAGUUCGAAAACAAACUAUCGGUAUUGAUGAUGAGGCAAAACUUGAAAUGAAAUGGAAAAUAACUCAUGCUGCUGUAUAUGAUGUUGGAGGAGCUAAUUUAAGUAUUGAAGCAAUAUUUGAAGGAAGUAAUGAUGCUGUUAUUUUUAAGGUUCCGAGUGUGCUAUCGGUCGUCAAAUCGUCAUCAUAUACAGUUGUCUGAAGUAUCUCAAAUCAUUUACACACAUUUUCCACAUCUUCCUGUGAUAUUCUACUCAAGAAUCGCUUUUUUCAACGGGUUUAGUCCCUUUCUAAACUUCCCUUUGAUAUUUGCCUCAAAAAUCGCCCAUCUUUCAUGUAAAAUUUAUGUGUUAUUUUUAUUUCAAUAUUUUAGUUUCAGUUCUAUUCGUAUUUAUUCAUUUUUCUUAUAAUUUUAUGCAUAAAUUCUCAAAAUUU